AUGCCUUCGCGGACUGUAAACGAUGAAGACUGCCGUGAUUAUUUCCUGAGUGCCCGAAACGGUGACCCAGUGGACAUGACUAAGCUCAACCAAGCUAUGGGGAAGCUUAAGAUGGACGGGUGUAUCAUCUCAGCCGAAUCUCGAGUCUCCAAGCUGGUGAGCGACUUUGAAGCUGCGCUUGUCCAUCUAAACAUGGAAGGUUUCGCCGAGACCGAACCCAAGCUGACUGUGGAUUUCCUGAUGGCGGCCAUCACGCCACUUGCUGUGCAGAAGCGUGUGCGCGAACUAAUGAAGCUUCACGAGAACCUCAUCGUGGGCAAUGUGCCCUUGGCAAACUUCACCCAGACUGACGGACGGUGUUUCAAGUGUCUGAGCACCGACAACAAUGUGUUCAAGUGUCCCAAAGUGGCAAGUGGUGAGGCUCGCCUGUUGAUGGACCGAGCCAAGGUCAUAUGGGCCGAAACGAAGAAGGAAAGCAAGCCUGGAAGGGCUGUCACCAUUGCCAAGGAGGUGAAAACAGUUGCGAAUGAAACGACGGCCAUCCUGUGUGCUGCGAGAGUUUUGUGUACCGCCAACCAAGUGGUAGCGAUGGACGCCUCGUUCGACAGUGGAGCGGACCAAAGUGUGAUCCCGUUAAGGACGCUAAAGCGGCUGCAAGACGCGGGGCGUGACAUGGUGGUGACAGAAUUGCCCGCACCUAUUUCGUUGGUCCAAGCCACACAGUGA